CCUCACCGCCAUGGACAGCACACCCCUCAUCUGUGACUAUGGCUCUGGCUUCAGCAAGGUGGGAUUCGCAGGAAUGGAAAGCCCAGUGGGCGUGUUCCCCACUGUCCUCGGGAAACUUUGGCACGAUAGUGGUGUGGACGCCGAGAAGGAGCAAUUGCCUUUAGGAUAAAUGGGAGUCCAUUAGGGCUGAGCUGCAAAGGACGCUCAGCCUCCGUGACAGGAAGGUGGUAGCAGGACGGGUGGGGACGGGGGCACAGGCUCUCCAGGAGGCUCAUCUCUGACUUCCAGCAAGUGGACCCCACGUUGCCAGACCUUCCUGUGUUUCGAGGGAAUUUAGAAAGGCAGCUGUUUUUAGUGCGGUAACGUGUACACGACGUAAGGCUGUGUUAAGUGCAUCAAGAACAUUCACCGCCGUCUGUCUCCAGAACAUUCUCAUCCUAUCCUCCCAAACUGAGGCUCUGGCCCCAUCAAAAACCAGCUGCCCAUCCCCGCCCCCCCCACCCCCAGGGAAAACUCAGUUGCGUCCUAAUUGAAACUGGGUGAGUGGGCCUGAGCCUGGCCGCAUGCCAGGUAGGGACAGACAUGCCCCUUCUCCCUGAAAAGGAGCCGCCCACUCAGAGAGGUGAUUUCUUGAAUCCACGCGGUAGCAGAGUGGUGGGGACGACACCCUGCAGUGCGUUCCCAGCCCGUGCUCUGGAUCACCGAGCUCAUCCUUGGGAAGUUCCGGUUGUCCGUGGCAGGGAGCGGCGAGGUGACGUAGAAGAUCUCAGAUGUCGCAGGACCUCAUGGCGAUCACUCCUGGGCUUUGCAGCUCUUGGAGCAACCUUUGUUUGUAAUUAUCCGGGAUACACUGGCUCCCACACCUGUGACAGAGGAGAAACUCCUGUCUCCCUCUCUGUUGGAAAUAUAUGCUCAGUGCCACAAAGAAAAAUCAGCACUGAGACAACGGAUCUUUCAGCAACGCAAUUUUCACUUCCUGGACUGCAGGAAGGGCACCCUCACUAGCCACUGUGCCACGAGAGUACAAAGAACAAAGGGAAACACACACAUUUAUCCCUCACACAUUUGGGGUCGUCCUUAAUGCCGUGUCUGAUCUCCGUUGGCUGGAGCCAGACCUCACAAUUUAAACUAAACCCCGACUGGCUGAUAAUUUAAAAUUUUUCUAAACAGGUGAAAGCAGUGGAGAGCUGGGACAUCCCUGUGAGCACCUCCAGCAGAUAUUUUGGUGAAAGUACAAGGACGUAGAAUGUAUUGUGUGCCUGUAAGCAUGGCGUGUCUAACAGCUACAUAGGGUAGGGCUUCACAAAGUUAUUAGUACACUUAUUCUUUUUUUUUUUUUUGAGACAGAGUUUCGCUCUUGUUACCCAGGCUGGAGUGCAAUGGCACGAUCUCAGCUCACCGCAACCUCUGCCUCCUGGGUUCAAGCAAUUCUCCUGCUUCAGCCUCCCGAGUAGCUGGGACUACAGGCGUGCGCCACCAUGCCCAGCUAAUUUUUGUAUUUUUAGUAGAGAUGGGGUUUCACCAUGUUGACCAGGCUGGUCUCGAACUCCUGACCUCAGGUGAUCCACCUGCCUCGACCUUCCAAAGUGCUGGGAUUAUAGGCAUGAGCCACCGCGCCCAGCCCACACUUUUUCUUUAACAAGAAAGGAAACUUUAAAAAGGAAUUUUUCUACUUCCCACACUCUGUAAGAGGAUAAAACCCACAUAGAUUUUGGGAGUCAGUGGAUUUCCUCCUCACUGGCCAAGUGUCUCGGAUCAUAGCAGGGAUGGCCCAGGCAAACUGCAUGUGCCUGCGCCUGAGCUAGCCAGCCAGUUUGCUGCUUGGGGACUGUGGAGCUCAGUGGUUAGGAGCUAGGGCUGCAGGGUCAGGGAGACUGAGGCGCCAAUCUCAGCCGUGUCCUCAGCACAUGCAUGACUCCCAGCGAGGGUGCUGCUGUGGCCGAGGCAUCUCUUUUGCAUAAUGCAAUUAUCCAAAGUAUGUAUCUCAUAGAUUCGGCCUGAAGGUUGAAUGCGAUGAGUGAAUGCAUGUUUGGCACAGUUUCUGGCCCACAGGGAGUGAUUAGCAAUGAUCAUGAUGACAGUGAUGAGGACAAUGAGAAGUGUAUUAGCGUAUUAGCUUAGAACAACAGAAACGUGGCUGGGCACAAUGGCUCACGCCCGCAAUCCCACCACUUUGGGAGGCGAGACGGGUGGAUCACCUGAGGUCAGGAGUUGGACCAGCCUGGCCAACAUGGCAAAACCCCCCUCUCUACUAAAAAUACAAAAUUUAGCCGGGCAUGGUGGCAGGCACCUGUAAUUCCAGCUACUCUGGAGGCUGAGGCAGGAGAUUUGCUUGAACCUGGGAGGCGGAGGUUGCAGUGAGCUGAGAUCGAUCUUGCCACUCCAGCCUGGCGACAGAGCGAGACUCCGUCUCAAACAAACGAACGAACAAACAGAGAUGUACUUCCUUGUAGUUCUGCAGACCUGGAGUCUGAAAACAAAGUGUCAGGAGGGCUGGCUUCUUCCCAAGGCUCUAGCGGGGAGUCUUUCCUUCCUCUUCCAGCUCCCGGGGGCUCCAAGUUUCCCUUGGCUCCCUCUGCCUUCACAUGGCCUCCUUCUCUUUUCCCUUUUCUGUCUCAGAUCUCCUCCCGCCUCUCUCCUAUAAGGGCCCUUGUCAUUGGAUUUGGGGCCCAUCCAGGUAAUCCAAGGUGGUUCUCAUCUUGAGAUUGCAUAGACACUUUAUCCAGAUAAAGUCACCUGAGAAUCCAGGGGGACAUAAUUAUUGGGGGUUGGGCAUCGUUCAAGCCACCACAGUUACAAUGUGGAAUUUCAUCUCAGCUCUCAGCCCCUCCUCUAGGGAAGGGGCCUUAUUCUUGGAGUAUGAACUGACUUAGGGGGGGUGGGCCAGGGAGCAUCUGCUGAGAGCGAGGCUCUCCCCUCCGAAUCCGCCGCAGCCAGGCUGGAGGCACUGCUCCUGUCCCCCAUCACCCCCAGAUGGGACUGUCUUGGUUGCAGGGAAACAAGCUCAGGGUCUCACUGAUUCUACGUCACGGCGAGUUGUAUAAUGAUUCAUUGUAUGUUGCAGUGGAAUAAGGGCAGAAAUAAAGCACACAAUCAGUGUACUGCGCCCGAGUCAUCCUGACACCAUCCCCUGCUCUCUCUGGUCAGUGCAGAAAUUGUCUUCCACAAAACUGGUCCCCGGUGCCAAAAAGGUUGGGAACCGCUCCCCUACCCCCCCAUCCCGAUCCAGGGCUUAAACCUGGCAGCCAAGAUGGCAGUGAGACCCCUCGUAGGAGGACUUGGGAGAACGGAGAGUCAGGAUGAAGGCCUUGCCCAGAGUCACUGUGUCCCUUCCAAACAGAGCAGCUGCUCUGACCCAAAGACCUCCGGACAAAGGGACAUCAGGCCCAGCACUGUCCAUCUUUUUAUCUGAAACAGUUACUCUGAACCAGGAAAAAUCAGAAAAACAUUGUUCCUUCUGCACACUGGUGACCUUGCCCCUCCCCUGCUGCCCACACACUGCACUUCGAUGUGGGUGGCUGAGAAACGUUGGAGAAGGUGGCAGCAGUGACGAUACCUCCUAUCAUGAUGUCAGCAUAUGAAACGCAUUCGACUUGAUCCUCCAGCAGCGCCUCGGGGAGGUGCGAGGAAGAGAGGUCCCGGUUCCCAUUGGACUGAGAAGAGGAGGGAGCCUCAGAGAAGGCACACGACUUUCCCAAGGUCUCACAGCUGGUGAUUCUCAUCCCAAGUCCAAAUGUCUUCUGCUGGAGACAAACUCCUGAGAUAAAAGAGCUCUGUGCAGGUGAGCUGUGGCAGCCUGGAGAGCAGCCUCACCCUGAAAUCACUGCUCCACUGCAUCUCUCCACCACCACACUCUUGCACCUGGCAUCAUGGCGCCACGGAGCCACUGCACCAGAGCAUUAUUGCUCUGCUGUGUGCAUCAUUGCACUGUGGCCAUGACACCGUUGCAACAUGGCACCAUGACACCAUCACAACAUGGCACGGCAACGUCACUACAGCACGGCACCAUGAUGUCAUUGCAGCGUGGCACCAUGCCGUCAUCACAACAUGGCAUCAUGAUGUCGUUGCAGUGUGGCACCAUGACACACAACAUGGCACUGCGACAUCAUCACAACAUGGCACGGUGACAUCACCACAGCACAGCACCAUGAUGUCAUCACAACAUGGCACCAUGACAUCACUGCAGCAUGGCACCAUGGCAUCAUUGCAGCGUGGCACCAGGACGUCACUGCAGCAUGGCACCAUGGCAUCAUUGCAGCGUGGCACCAUGAUAUCACCACAACAUGGUAUUAUGACAUCACUGCGGCAUGGCACCAUUGGACUAAGACCAUCCUUCCUACCUGCUGCUGCCAGCCAACAACUGAGGAUGGCAGUGACACCAAGGCAAGCCAAGCCCAUUUCCGGGAAACCCAGCACUCCUCUGAUGAAUGAGCCUGGCUCAAGAACUCUCCAACAGCCUUGCAAAGCUUUCCCUUAGAUGGCAUGGUGGCUCAGUCACCCACCUGAUCUGCUUCCCUGUUUCCUGCACCCAGGCUCAGACUGGGACAAUAGCCCGUGUCUCUCCCAUCUUCGUCCUGCUGUCUCCCCACCGCCCCUCACGUGCGCGCAUUCCCUGGUCACAUCCUUGCGCCUUUCCUUCCAUCCCGGUGUCUGUGUCUCAGUGGACCCAGAUUAACACAUGGGCCAACAAGUAAAAUCACCUCUGAGUGACGAAAUGGAUAGUUUAAUGCGCCAUGAAAGUAGCCAGCUUUAUCUUCCUAAAAAAAGAACCAAAGUUGAAUCACAUCACAGACCCUUUCCCGGUCAACCUUCCUAAGCAAACGUGGCGGCAGUCACCAUCUCUCCCGCCAUGACGUCAGCUUAUGAAAUGCAUUCCUGCUGGAGGGCAUAAUUGACUUAACCCUCCAGCAGCACCAUGGCAUUCCUGGUGCAUCUCCCACACCCCUCCAUCCUCAGCAGCCUGUCUCCCCAGUUUCCUUGUCUACGAACUGGACAAGACAAAUGUCCUAGGAACGACUCCUCGGGAGCACUCUUACCUUGCAGAACGUGUUGGUGGGGACAGAAGAGAAAGACUGGUUCAUCGGAGAGGAGGUUCAGAAAAACCGAGGGAAACUCAACCUGCAGUAUCCCAUUUCUCGGGCAACAAUUACCAACUUGGACAACAUGGAGCAGCCACACCCUGCCCUGUCUGCAAAAUGAGCCCGGUGUGGUGGCGCGCACCUGUAGUCCCAGCUACUCGGGAGACUGAGGCAGGAGAAUCGCUUGAACCCGGGAGACGGUGGUUGCAGUGAGCCGAGAUCGCGCCACUGCACUCCAGCCUUGUGACAGAGCAAGACUCCAUCUCAAAAAAAAAAAUUGCUGGACUCGGGGCUGCAAGGCCAGAGUUGGGUGAUCUGGCAUCACUCCUUCUACCAGGUGCUCCGCAUCGCCCCGGAGCAGCACCCCAUGUUGUUGACGGAGCCGCCUUUGACCCCAGCACCCAGCAAAGAGAAAGUCACACAGGUGCUGUUUGAGACUUUCAACAUACCCGCCCUGUAUUUAGCUAACCAAGGAGUCCUUUCUCUAUACGCCUCUGGCCAGACCUCUGGCAUGACCAUUGAAUCUGGAGAAGGGAUGACAUACUUCGUACCCAUCACUGACGGCUGUCCUUUGCAUCAGUCAACCUUCCAGAUGGACAUAGCGGGCCAGGACCUAACCACGUACCUCCUGAAACUGUUGAAAGACAAUGGGCAAUUAUUGGUGAGCACAGGGGACAGAGAGUACAUCAGGGACCUGAAGGAGAAGUGCUGCUAUGUGGCUUUGGACUUUGACAAGGAAAAGAGGAAAACCAGUUUGCCUCCCCGCCAGUGGAAGUAUCAGCUGCCUGAUGGCCAAGAGAUCAGCGUUGGGCAAGAGAGUUUCCUCUGCCCCGAGGUGCUCUUCCAGACAGAACUCACAGGGAAGACCACCCCUGGCAUCCACACCAUGGCCUUCCAGAGCAUUACUUCCUGCAACCCCGACCUCCAGAAGGUCCUCUUUGGCCACAUGCUACUGUCCGGAGGGACGGGCUCCUGCCCCGGCCUGCGAUUACGGAUGCAGAGGGAAAUCUCGGAGCUGGUGUCCCCUACAGUUUAUGUGAAGAGUGUUAUUCCACCCUCAGAUCCUACAUCAUUUCUAGAUGUAGAUUUUGGAGUCAGAAGCACGCACAAUUUGAGGUUUUUUGAAAGGACGGACCAACUGCCCACAGAAACAUCCAGCCUCCCCUCUGUCCCGCGAGGACUGAGUGAGCUCCGGGCCACGUCCGCACCAGCACAGGGUCCUUUGUUCUCAAAACCCCUGGGCACCUGGAUAAAUGGAGAAUAAAUAUAUGGAGAAUAUAUAUUUGUUUUGUUUUUGUUUUUUAAACAUACUUCCUGUAAAUAUUCAUUCCAAUCCUUCAGCCAUCUUCUGCUGGUGAUUUGCUUU